ACUAUAAUUGUGCCUAAUUCAAAAUUCAUCCCCAUAAACAGUAGAGGAAUUGAAGCUCAAUUCCUAGAGAGGGAGAGGAUCCAACUCUGAAUCUGUUGUGUGUGUGUGAUGGGAGAUGAGAAAUCUCUCGGAGUGAUGGGCGGCAGCGGCAGCGGCAGAGAUAGAGAUCGCGAGCUUCUGAUUCCGGUGGCUGAUUCUGUCGACCGCCGCCUCGAUGACGACGGCCCCUCCUCCGCCUCCGUUUCCUCCUCCCACCACCAUCCUGGGCGUGAGACAUUUUACAAAGUUGUGCGGAGCUGGGCUUCGAAGAAAUUCAUGACUGGAUGUGUCAUCCUUCUACCAAUAGCUAUUACUUUCUAUAUAACAUGGUGGUUCAUUCAUUUCGUGGAUGGAUUUUUCUCUCCUAUCUAUGCUCAACUUGGAAUUGAUAUAUUUGGUUUGGGAUUUGUGACCUCCAUUACUUUUAUUUUCUUGGUUGGAGUAUUCAUGUCAUCAUGGUUGGGGGCUUCUGUUUUGGGCAUUGGAGAGUGGUUUAUUAAGCGUAUGCCCUUCAUUCGUCAUAUUUACAAUGCCUCGAAGCAAAUUAGUGCUGCCAUAUCCCCAGAUCAGAACACACGUGCUUUCAAAGAAGUGGCAAUAAUAAGGCAUCCACGUAUCGGUGAAUAUGCAUUCGGGUUCAUCACUUCAUCUCUCACACUUCAGAGUUAUUCGGGAGAGGAAGAGCUCUCCUGUGUGUAUGUCCCAACGAACCAUCUUUACAUUGGUGAUAUCUUCCUGGUGAAUGCUAAAGAUGUCAUCAGACCGAACUUGUCUGUAAGAGAAGGAAUUGAAAUCGUGGUAUCUGGUGGCAUGUCGAUGCCCCAAAUCCUAGCUACCUUGGAUCCAAGAACUACUCAGCUCGAUAGAAUCAGACCGGAUAGAUCAUAGAACCUGGGAGGCUUUCAGUUGUUCAUCAGUAGACGGUGGACUUGGAUUCUGAAUUUUCAUCUCUUGUCUUUAAACUGUUAGAUUACUAUCAUCUGCAUCAUAUGAUUGUAGUUACUUAGGUAAGGAAGCUGGUUUUCUAAUUAAUGGCGGCUUAUGUUUUUUUUCCUUA